GGACGGAUUAGCGGUGAGCACACACUUCCUGAUGGAGGAGUAAAAAUAAACUCCUAGCUAAGCUGCUAGACGAGUGAAAAAAAAAAGUUAUGCCGGACUAUCGGAUCAACAUCUUUCAGGAAAUGGCUGAAGUUGGUCGUCAAUGAACUUGUUCCAGGUCCUCGGAGCCGGUGACGAGUCAACUGCGGAGGGUUGAGUUGAGCUAACAGGAUAAGCUGGUGGCUGAGCACAAAUCGUAAUGUCCUUGUCCUUACCACCCACUGAAAUGAUUGAAACACCUCCUGGUUAUCCUUUUGAAGAGAUCAACUAUGAAGACAUUGAGGUUGAGGAGGUGGUGGGAAGAGGAGCUUUUGGAGUUGUUUGCAAAGCCAAGUGGAGAGGCAAAGAUGUUGCAAUAAAGACAAUCGAGAGUGAAUCAGAGAGGAAAGCCUUCAUCGUUGAGUUGCGGCAGCUUUCUCGUGUGAACCACCCCAACAUUGUCAAGUUGUAUGGCUCCUGCAACAGCCCAGUAAGUGUCUGCCUUGUCAUGGAAUAUGCUGAAGGCGGAUCUCUCUAUAAUGUACUGCAUGGUGCUGAACCCCUUCCCUGUUACACCGCCUCCCAUGCUGUGAGCUGGUGUCUACAGUGCUCCCAGGGUGUGGCCUACCUCCAUGGCAUGAAACCAAAGGCUCUCAUUCACAGGGAUCUGAAGCCACCCAACUUGUUACUGGUGGCAGGCGGUACUGUGCUCAAGAUAUGUGACUUUGGUACUGCGUGUGACAUUCAGACUCACAUGACCAACAACAAAGGAAGUGCAGCAUGGAUGGCUCCAGAGGUAUUUGAAGGCAACAAUUACAGUGAGAAGUGCGAUGUCUUCAGCUGGGGGAUCAUUCUUUGGGAGGUCAUCACCCGUCGGAAACCUUUUGAUGAGAUUGGUGGACCGGCGUUCCGCAUCAUGUGGGCCGUGCACAAUGGGACACGACCACCGUUGAUAACAAAUCUGCCCAAGCCUAUCGAGAGCCUGAUGACUCGUUGCUGGUCUAAAGACCCUUCGCAAAGACCCUCCAUGGAGGAGAUUGUGAAGAUCAUGACUCAUCUGAUGAGGUACUUCCCUGGCUCUGAAGAACCUCUGCAAUAUCCAUACCAGUAUUCAGAUGAUGGCCAGAGCAACUCUGCAACCAGCACAGGUUCCUGUCUGGACUACACCGGUACCAAUACCAGCAACAAAAGUGACGCUAACAUGGAGCACAGUGAUUCCCAAGGAAGCAACGACACCAUUAAGAUCACGCCUCAGUUUGCACAUCAGUUCAAGCAAAAGGGAGACCCAAUGAGGACGCCGCCUCUCUCCAGUGGAGGCAGCUUCGAGAGCCUUCCUACCCGGACUCCGUGUCCAGUGUCAACUGAGAGUAAAAGAAUGAGCUCUGAUUUCUCAGAUGCAGCACGCCCGCAAUAUAAACGAGGCCACCGUAAAACGGCGUCUUUCGGCACCAUUCUGGACGUUCCAAAGAUCGUCGUCACAGCCACCUGUGAGCCUCAGCGACGUCGGUCAGUCCAGGACCUGCCGGGCAUCUGCUCAGAGACCAGCCAGGGCAGCAGGAAUAGCAGCCGCUCAUCCAGUCCCAGUGUGAGGAUGAUGCCAGCAGAUAAAAGUAGCAGCAGAAGCUACUUCUCCCCAGACGAUCCCACAGACACCAAUGGUUCGGACAACUCGAUUCCCAUGGCCUAUCUGACCCUGGACCACCAGCUGCAGCCUCUUGCUCCUUGUCCCAACUCCAAAGAGUCCAUGGCAGUUUUCGAGCAGCACUGCAAGAUGGCGCAGGAAUACCUGAAGGUCCAGACGGAAAUCGCCCUGCUGAUCCAGAGAAAAAAGGAGCUCAUCGCCGAACUGGACCAGGACGAGAAGGACCAGCAGAACACAUCCCGUUUGGUGCAAGAGCACAAGAAGCUGCUGGAGGAGAACAAGAGUCUUUCCACGUACUACCAGAAAUGCAAAAAACAGCUGGAGCUGAUCCGAGUGCAGCAACAGAAGAGGCAGGGCACGUCCUGAUGACCCGCACAAACUCCCUCGCCGUGCAUCCAGUCGCUCUCGCACACAGCACACAACACACACACACACAUAGAAUCCUGGCGUUGUACAGAGACCUGCACUCUACUGUGUCCACCUGCAUGUUACAUAGUGAAGUCCAUUCCUCUGUCCACACCUAGCAAGUCCCGUGAGCGCAGACCAAUCAGACUUCAGCUGCCGCUCCACCAGAGUGUGAGGGUUGUCAGGACCUGCCCGCACACGUGUUGCACCGUCAUUCAGAAUGUGAAACUCUUAACCAAGGAUGCUCGGAAGCGCACAUGGAGGAUCUCCGUUAUGCAAAACUCACGCCCUUAAAUAGCCUGUGGAGUCCUGACGUCUGCUGACUCCGUGGAGGACUAAAGGAUGCUGGGAUUCCACAUGCAAACUUUUUUUUUUUCCCUUUUCACUUCAUUGUUUUGUGUGUGUUUGUGUCCUUUCUAUCGACUGGCGGAUGAUAGUGCUAGUGGGAUGUGUCCGGGUGGAGCGCAUGUCCACGGAAGUCUCCCAUUUUCGUUCACAUGUUGCCUUAGAAGUUGUUUGCAUUUUAAGUGCUUGACUUAUUUUACCUGUCUUUUAGUGGGAAUUGAAAGUAUCUAUAUUUUUAAUGUCAUGAAUGUUGAAUGCAAUGAGGGACGGACGCGUCUCAGCAAGCUGUAACUCCUAAAAAAAGGUUCAUUUAUAAUUUAGUCAACAUUUCCUCACAGACAUUUGGUUUCUUUCAGCGAGCUGGCGCUAAAACUAGCGCGUUGCGUUACGGUCAUGAAUGUCGGUCAUGAAUUGGAACCAGCGAGUGAGGUCUGAAUAAAGUGAUGAGCUGGUGCACGGGAACGUUUUUAAGUCUUUCUACUUCUGACUGACUCCUGGACCUGCAAGAGGACUGACCUUUGACCCAUGAGUCCAGUCAGUUUGAAUCUGGCAGAUUAGCCACUGCUUAUGACGCUUGCUGAUCUUGUGUGAAGCGAGGUUCGGAAGUGUCGUCAGUCCACUGCCGAUUGCGAAUAUUAUUGGACAGACGGCGCUACCUUGUGGGCUAUAGAAGUGAGGACGCUUCUUAAAGGUUGGCUUUCAUUUGCACCAGUGCUCAUCGCGCCCCCAAGAACACCCCAUGAAACUGUCCCAAGACCUAUCUCGGAAUGUGAAUCCUGUUGAGACUGAAAACUCGCCAGCUUUAUCGUUUAUAUCAACCAUCGAUGGUUUGUUUGUGGCCAUUUAAAUAUUUUACAAGUGCAAAGACCAUAAAACGUAUGGAUGAAUUUCAAAUAAAUGAAGCAAAUUCACAUUUAAACAGAAAUCCUUUUUUUA